AUGGCCGCGGAGAGGGUAGCCGAGGAUGAACGAAGGAAAGCCGCUGAAGAGACGAAGAGAAAGCAGAAAUCGGAAGAGGAAGAGAAAAGGCAAAGGGAGAGGGCGAAAAAGUUAGCUGAAUUUGAAAAACUGAAGAACCCGCCAAAACCAAAUUUUGUCAUCACCAAGAAGUCUGGUGAUGGAGAGGAAGAGGAAGUAGAAGUCGGCAAAAACAAGAAAUCAAAACAGCAGCUAGAAGCCGAGAAGAAGGCGAUUUUGUCGCAGCGAAUUAUUCCUCUAGACACAAACGGCAUGAAUUCGUCUAAACUGACUGAGAAAGCUAAAGAGUUGCUAAACUUGAUCUACAAACUGGAGGGUGAAAAAUAUGAUCUGGAGAAGCAUUUUAAAGCUCAACAAUUUGAUAUGAUGGAGUUAGCUGAGAAGGCCCGGCAGAUUAAUAAAGUCGGGUACGUCUGA